AUGGAUAGAGAGAAUAAUGGCUUCGCUUAUACUGAAUCUUAUGACACAUUACAUGUCAGGGGGCUGAAGGAAGAUCGUAAGGCAGCCAGUCAUGAUGCUAAGAGCACUAUCCUAUCUUCUUUAGCAGCUGCUCGUCAAAUGGAGAAUCAUGAGCUUCAUGGUGAAACGUCUCUUGCAAUUCCCGGAUGGUAUGUUGAUGUUUCUCCUGGAUAUCCAGGAGUGGCGUCCUUGUACAAGAUUGAAAAGAUCAUGUUUCAUGGGAAAUCAGAGUGUAGCCAAGAUCUUCUUGUAUUUGAGUCGUCAGCUCGUGGCAAGGUUGUUAUCUUGAACGGCUCUCUUCAACUGGCGGAGAUGGAUGAGUUUGCUUACCAAGAAAUGAUAACUCACCUCCCCCUCUGUUCAAUUCCAAACCCUAAGAAGGUAUUGCUUAUAGGAGGUGGGGACGGUGGAAUUCUGAAAGAAGUAUCUCGGCAUGCUUGUGUCGAGCAAAUUGAUAUUUGUGAAAUUGACAAAAUGGUGGUUGAUGUGUACAGGCAGCAUUUUCCUGACAUAGCAGUUGGAUACGAGGAUCCCCGGGUGACUCUCCAUUUAGGCGAUGGAGUUAAGUUUCUGAAGCAUGUUCCUCAAGGCGCUUACGAUGCUAUUAUAUUGGAUGCUUUCCAAAUGAUGGGACCCGAGGCGGAAGAAUUAGCUGAUGAUUGCUUCAUGGAAUCAGUUGCAAGGGCUCUUCGACCUGGAGGGGUCAUGAGCUGUCCAGCAGACAGCUUGUGGCACCAAGAAUUUUCCCUUGCAGAUUUCGUAGCAAAAUGCGGCAAGACGUUCAAAGGCUCUGUUAGCUACGCUUGGUGCACGGUUCCUUCAUAUACCAGUGGGAUGAUGGGUUUCAUGCUUUGCUCCACCGAGGGGCCACCAGUAGAUUUCAAAAAUCCAAUAAAUCCAUUGAAUCUGGAGCAUUACGGUGUAGCUAAAGGCCCCCCCAAGUUCUACAACUCGGAGGUCCAUACCGCUGCAUUUUGUCUGCCAUCUUUCGCAAAAAAAAAGAUGUUUGAAUCCAAAAUGAAAAAAAAAUAUGCUGCACUGCAGAAAUGA